GGAAUUGUUUGUCUUACAGCCUCGGGUCUUGGGCCCUUCGGGAUUCCUCUCUCUCUCUCUCUCUCUUUCUAAGAUUAUUGAAUGAAGAAGAUGAAAGGAAGAUGAAGAAGAAGAAGAAGAGCAGCAGAGAGAAUUUUACGUAAUUGAAGUCUGAAAUGUUCUUUCUUGGACCUCGUGGGAAUGUGAUUCUUCUGCUAAUCCUCCACUGUUCCCCUUCUUGGAUACUGGGUUGUUCUAUUUUAAAUGAAAUUGGUUACUUAUUUACUAUUAGUUUUGCUCCUAAUCACGUGAAAUCUUGGCCUAAUUAAAAAACUAAUUAGUAAAAUAUUAUCAUUUUCUUCAUUUAGUCUUUACUUACCUUCUCUCUGUUUCAUGUCCUCAUUCUUUCCUCUUUCCCAUUUCAACCCAACCCGUCCACACAAGGACUCACGUCGUCACCUGCCCUUUGUCCUUUUACUCUUCCUUUCAACGAAUUCAUUUGAAAGGGGAAGAAAAAAAUGUUGAGUCAUUGUGAGAAGAUGAUCAUCCCUUCGCUCCCUAAUGAAUGGCCACAGCAGCAGCAGGAGCAGCAGCAGGAGCAGAUGAUGAUAGAUGAGACGAGGUUGAUGGCUUCAAGUGGUGGUGGUGGUGGUGGUGGUAGGGUAAUGGAGAAACCAGGGCUGCAGGAACAACAAGCACUCAAGUGCCCUCGUUGUGAGUCAUCAAACACAAAGUUCUGUUACUACAACAACUACAGCUUAUCUCAGCCAAGGCACUUCUGUAAGGCUUGUAAGCGUUACUGGACUAGAGGUGGAACUCUGCGUAACGUUCCUGUAGGUGGAGGUUGCCGGAAAAACAAGAGGGUGAAGAGAUCUUCACCUAAUGAUCCUUCUUCUUCAUCUUCUUCUACUUCUUCAGCUCUUGCUAGUACUCAAGCACCAACCCCUAAUCCUCCUGUCUCCACACCUUCCACUCACAUUAAUAAUCCUUUGUUCUAUGGCCUACCCAGAAUCGGUUCCCCUUCAGACAUUAAUAAUCUCCCCUUUCCAAGCUUCCACUCUAGAGUCUCUAAUGAUUUACUGCCUCAAUUGAAUGCUCUAGGGUUGGGUUUCUCAUCUGAUGAUGAGUACCGAACUGGGUUUAAUCCUUCUAGUGAAAUCCCAGAUGUUAUUUCUACAAAUCCACUUCUUUCAAGCUAUUCAUCCCUUAUUGGGUCUUCUUCUGCUCCUUCAACUGCUUAUUUGAUUGCUUCUAGCCUUCAUCAUCAACAGCAAAAGCUUAUGCAGCUGGGUGGUGGCCUGAAAGAUAGGAAAUGGUUACCCUUUGAGGAACUGCAAAUGGGUAUGAGCAGCGAUUUGGGGACAGUGAUGAAGGAAGUGAAAUUAGAACAAGGGGAUAACAACCGAUUCCCUAGCCAGAAUAAUCCAAUGGAACCAAUUGGGUCAGUGGCCGACCCAUCUCUUUAUUGGAAUACAAACACUGUUGGUACUUGGGCUGACCUCAACAACUUUGGAUCUUCGGUCACCCCUUUAAUUUGAUCAAGAAAAUCCAUAACCAAUCUCAGUUGGUUCUUCUUUCUGUUUUCAUCAUCUUGGGUCUUUGUUUCUAGUAGGCUUCUGUUGGUUUAUUUCUUCUUCUAGUGCAGAACUUGGUGGCCAUAGUUGGGCCUCUGAUGGGAGGGGAUCAGAUCGGAGUGAUCAUGUCAGUUGCAAAUACCACAGCCUUUUGGUUUUUUUCUUAAAAGGGUUUUCAAGGUUGAAGAGAAACCUUUUGCUCUGAGAAGAACCUCGGAUCAUCUUCCUCUCAUCAUCUUCCAGCAUCAUCAUCAACUAAGGCUAAGCUACACUGUUCAAGAGUGCAUUUCCUGGACCAGUAAGUUGGUUUUCUUUGUAUGUAUAUAUGCAUGCCAUGCUUUUCUUUCCAAUGUAUCUGUCUUUAGGUGUUGGUGUUGGGGGGUUAUUGGAGAUACAUUUUUUUUUUCUCCCUGGAACAUUGUUUUGAUGUAAGGGAAAGGGUUGGGUAUAGCAACAUAAAAAGAGGGAGAUUUCCUAUCGCAA